AUGGAUUACCCGUUGAAUAGCUUCAACCAAAAUUUCACCAGAAACGAAACUGAAAACACUCUUACUGAUGAUGAUUUAGCUUAUCUACAAAAAGAUCCUAUUCAUUGUUUCAGUGAUAUUUUAAGUCAAUCUUACGAGAUUGGUUGGUAUAAUUCAUCGAUUAUGACAAGUAAUUUUGAUCCUAAUCACCAGAGCUUGAUGUCGGUGGUGCCAAACCAAAAUUACGACCCUUUUAGUCGAAGUCUUGUUUGUACUCAAACUUUUCCGGCUUUUAGCUCUCUCAUAACAGAAAUACAACCAAGAUAUUCAUUGACAGAUAUCGAUUUCGAGAAAAAUAAGAAAGUGGUGGAGAAAAGCAAAACUUCGACAGAAAACAGCUUUAUCACAAGGGGUUGGGAUCAGAAUGAAGAUAUAAAUUUGAGAAAUUUAGUGGAGCGCUAUGGGACAAAAAGCUGGAAACGUAUCGCAAAUAUGCUCGGAACACGAAGCGGAAAACAAUGUAGAGAGAGGUGGCACAACCAUCUUCGUCAUGGCAUCAAGAAAAACGCAUGGACUGAAAAAGAAGAUCAAAUAUUAGUUGAAGCCCACAAGGUUUUCGGAAACCAAUGGACCAAAAUUUCCGUAAAACUCUGUGGAAGAACUGCAAAUGCUAUUAAAAACCGUUGGAACGCCACAAAACGUCGGAUGCACUUAAUGAGAAUGAAGCAAAAUGAUAAAAAUGCAAACAUGCCUCAAAAUGUCAUCCUUGCAAAUUAUGUGAGAGAUGUCACAAACAACAAUGAAUUUCCCAUCACCAAAAAAACAGACUACACAAAAGAUGAUAAUUAUGAGAAUACUUCUGAUGGAGAGAUGGAUUCGAGUUUGGAUGUUACAGCACAGACCACAAAACCAUUGGCUAGUAUGUCCACAACAUCAUGCGAUGUUCCCGAGCCAGCUACAACAUUUUCAUGGGAGGAUUACUUUACAAAUAUUUGUGAAUCCAUGGAUGACAUUCAGAUGCUCAUGCAAGGAUGGGACUAA